CCUUAUACCGAUAUUGUACAGACAUAGGCAUUUAAUGACCCAUAAUGUAUCUUUUGUCUGUGAAUUCACUGAUACAAACAGAAUUAUUGAGCUCUAGACGGAUAAUAGAAAGACUGACAGCUAUACGAUUAUAACCAACUUCAGCAAAGGAAGCACUUUUAGAGUACUGUAUGCUAAAGUGAAUGCGUAAAUGCUUCUGGACACGUUAAACAUGUCGCUGAACUUUAUUAUUUUUAAUAAUUUACGCAUGUUUGUUCCAGCUGCAAUUUGCUCUCAUAUAAGGUUACGUAAUGCAAAUGAAAUCAAAACGGAAGGAUAUCGAUUCGAAGAACCAUGAUCGUAGGUCAUCUUGUGAAGUGAUCUAGCUAGAGGUGAUUGCUCUUGAAGGUCCGCUAGAUCAUGUGUUGAACUAUACUACAGUUGGAUUCAUUUUCAACAGUCCGUCCAACAUGAUUUUAAGUCCUUUUGUAGUACUUAUUUCUCUGGCCCUAAUACCAUCAUGUUUGUGCGAAUGUCGCUUUCCAGAAUUUUUACAAACUGAAGGAGAAGGCCCGUCAUGGUUUGUAACGUAUCAGAAUAACAAAGAAGUGUCAAUAACUGUUAAUCACACUAAAAUGAUACUUAAAGAAUGUAAAAUAAAAGCUCACUCACCAUGCCGUGUGUACGAAAGAAACUGUGCAGUGUCCUACGGCGGAAGUCGCUUUCUCGUGAGAGAAAUUUUAAGUGAUAGGACAACGUAUGAAAGGGAGGUAACUUAUCGGUGCAUACAAUUUUUGCGUCGCAGCAAAAGCGUUGUUCAAAUUCGAAUAUCGCGAUACUAUUCAGAAAAUACAUCCCAAACUCUAUGCAAUGACGCCCAUCUGAUGUUGGAUCAGUAUCCAAUGAUAUCACGCGAGCAUGCAACGGAAGUGAAUCAAUGCCCUUCUGUUGGAGGGUACGAUUUUAAACUGUAUCAUUACGGGGAGCCUGCACCUCUCUGUGACGACAUAUUUCUUCCGCUGAGGAUAGAAAGUGACUGUACACAAAACGAAGGAAUUAAACUGUACUUUAGAAGAAGAAAUUGUUCAAAUAUCUUUGUGGGAAGAGACCUCAAAAUACACCCUUUACAAACGGAACCUGUACAUUUAAGGUGUGUGGCCUCAUGGCAGUAUAUGCAUUACACAUUUGCGGUUGUAAAAUGGAGGGGUACGCCAAAGUUUUGGUGUAUACGGGUCACAUAUUUAAAUGAUAAAAUCAACGAGAUGUUCGUUUAUUUUAGUGGAAUCUGUCCAUCAGAUAACAAAAACUAUGAAAGAAUGCUUAUACUUAGGCAUUUCAAAACGCAUUACGUGACAGGUAUUUGUGCUGAUCAAAAUAUGAAAUGUAGUUAUCAUCAUUGUUCAACAUAUGUAAAGGAUAGGUGCAAACUUUCUUGUGCAUUAUGUGAACCAGACAUGGAAGAGCAAUCGUGUUCAUUCCCCCAAGCUUUCAACGGUCACUGGAACAGUUUACAUCCUACCACAAGUGCUUUAGAAAUUUCAAAUGGAACACUUAAAAUUGAACAUCUGAACUGGGAAUGUGUAGAAUCAAAAAACAGCAACCGGCCCGAAGUCAUCGGAAGACGUGCUCUAAAACUGAAAUUCUCAAAUGGUUGCUAUCCUAGAUAUAUGUGCACUGAUAUUGAACAUCCAACAAGUUCAGUUCUUCGAUACAGAACUGGUAAAGAAUUGUUUUGGCCAAUCGAUUCGAUAGAUGAGGUAUGCGAAGAAAGAUACUUCGAUUAUCAUCCACAUAUUGCUGAGACGAGUGGCAUUGCAAGGACUUCCGGUCCCUGGAUAUACUUCAUCAGUGACUCUCCGGAGUAUGUGCAUUGUAACUUACCGUGGUAUAUCCCAAACGCUGCAUUUUUCGAAAUGUAUGAUAACAACCAUAGGCUGGCCAACCAGGGAUGCCUGUCUUAUGACAAUGACAGCCCGGGCCAUGUGUUACACUUGUAUUAUACAUUUAAAAAUUUAAAGAAGGAAUGGAGUGUUCAACUUCGAAAGACGUUUGUUUGUAUUGCUUCAAUAAAACUGAUAGGUGAAAAUGAUGUGCUGAUUACACAAAACUUAGACGAAGGUGUAUACAUGUGCUGGACGUUUGUGCAAGAUCGAUAUCGGAAUUAUGUAUAUAUUUUUAGCGCUGAAGAUUGUGGGAAUGGCACAAAUAAACAGCUUGUUUUCUAUAGUGCUCAAAAAUAUCUUGUCAUGCUGGUGCUUAGUAAAAAUUCUACGAAUUGUGACUUCAUAGGAGAUGAAGAUAAGAUAAUGACCAGGCGUAGUGAUGAUACGCUUUCCAAUUUAACUGAAAAUAAUAUUGGCUCACGUGCGUUUAGACCUCAUUUAGGACUACAUCUGUUGUUAUAUGUCAUUUUAUUGUCUAAUUUACGGUAACAAGAACCUUGAUUAUUAAUAAUUUUGUGUUCAAUAUCAAAUUAGCUCAUUUUUGAAGAUACUGUAUUUAGAUUUCAACUGAAAAGAUACGUUCUUUUAUUUCUCGGUAAAUUACAGUUGUAUAUAGUUUGCUUCACUUAAAUUGAUAUGCCUUUCUUACGAAUUUGCAGACGACAAUGCAGUUUCACUGUACACUAGAUGCAUAUAUGUCAUAUCCUAGUUUACGGAGAAAUUUUCAUACGCAAUGUUUUUAAUAUUUGAAACUUUCAGUUAAAAUUUGACGAUGGGAUCUUCUAGACAUUUAUAGUUGGCAUGUAAUUUCACCACCAUUUUCGAAAGGCUUCCUUUUCUGUGAAUGGGCAAAUGUUGACACACCAUGUACAUUUCAGAUAAAUUUUAACCCAUUUAAUUUGUUGACAGUAACCGUUUAGCUGCUUAUAUUAGCAAAGGUUCAAUGUCUCAAAAGUAAUACUAUCAGGUGCAUAAUUUCAGAAUCGAAGCUGGACUUAUGGGUCUGGACUAAAUGAAGAUAAAGCAAUUUAACAAUAUAUUUUGUGUCUAGAAGCGUUCGGUAAACUGAACGGCAAUAAUUUGAUAAUGCUACUUAUAUGUAUACAGUAUAGGCAUCGACCCGCUCCCAGUCAGUGGAAAAUUCUUUCAAGAUUUUGUUACGAUAUGACAGUCGUACAGCAGGAAAAUGAUAUAGUAUUCAUGUGUUUGAUAAGGCAUUCAAGACUGUACUAAAAUACUAAAGAUGAAAUAAUCCCAGAGGUGCGCGAAAAUCUUGUAGUGUGGUACUACUUCGGUUGAAAUCACCACUGAAUCAUAAAUCUUAAUAUUUGUCUUCCGAUAUUUGCGUGUAAGUUGGAACUAAUGUCAUAAACUCCCAGUCAGUGAAUCGAUCCUGCUAACAAUUAGACGUUCUGCAUGCCAAGUGAUUGUUUCAGACUGAUAAAUAGCAUAGUACAUGAGUUAUUAAUUACCCUCCCCAUUUCGAUCGUCUAUAUCAAUAACUUAUUUAUCUGGCUUUGGUAACUUUGUUUUGAAUGCAAAUUAUAGGCCUGGUUUGGCCUGACCUGGUAUUGUCUGGCACGAUAUGUCUUAUCCUAGCCAGGGUGGGCCAGACCAAGAGAUGCCAUAGUUUUUAUUGUAUCAAACGUUUUUUAACUAAGUGACGUUAGAUAGGAUAACAAGGGGUUUACUUUCUCAUUCAGGAAAUCAAAAAUGUCUGUCGUGAAACAUUUCACUUUUGGAAAUAAUCAUUUAACUAAGGUGUCAACUAAUUAUAGUUAAAUCUGCAAUUGAUAUAAUGUUGACUGGUAUAGUGUUUUUACUAAAUCUUCUAUUUGUACCAAGAUAUGGUUAUAGGAUGCGGAGGAAUUCACUGGCAGCAGAGGGGUAAAAUAACUCCAAUUUAUCUGUAAAGUAGAAUGGACAGAUGCAAUCAUAUUGUGCCAGCAGGUCCGUGUAUAAAAUUAUUCUUACUAUGUGAGUAGCUUAACAUCGCCAUCAACUAUUUGACUAUGUUUACAUAAACUGGUAAAUAUUGUUUAGCAAAAGAUCAGUCAAUUAUUACUCAUAUGUAUCACGUAACUAUAGAAGAAACAAAAUGUUGUUAUAAAAUAUUUCGUUUAAUUAUAUCUUUUUUUUUUAUGGGCAUAUAUUUUAUUCCACAAAUCACAUAAAUAUAAUAACAUACAAGCUCUAUGGCUUUUGAAAAGACUACAUUAACAAUGUUUGUUAUGGAACUACUAAAAAUAUCAUAACCUUACAUACUACCUCUUAUUAAUUUUUUUUUAUAUAAAGACAGCUAAAUUUCUAUAUGGACGUCAUUCUCCAGUCUUGGGCCAUAUUAAUAGGUAUUCUAAUGGGUAAUCAGACUGCUCCAUAUUCUAAGGGGUGUUUACCAAAAAAAGGUACUGGCUGAAUAGAGAUCAAUGCAAAUAACCAUCUGACUGCACCAUAUUCUUAGGGGUAUUUACCUAAAAAGGUACUAGCUGAAUAGAGAUCAAUGCAAAUAACCAUCAGACUGCACCAUAUUCUAAGGGGUGUUUACUAAAAAAGUACUAGUUGAAUGGAGAUCAAUGCAAAUAACCAUCAGACUGCACCAUAUUCUAAGGGGUAUUUACCAAAAAAGGUACUGGCUGAAUAGAGAUCAAUGCAAAUAACCCAUCAGACUGCACCAAAUUCUAAGGGGUAUUUACCAAAAAGGGUACUGGCUGAAUAGACAUCAAUGCAAAUAACCAUCAGACUGCACCAUAUUCUAAGGGGUAUUUACCAAAAAAAAGGUACUGGCUGAAUAGAGAUCAGUGCAAACGCCCAUCAGAUUGCACCAUGCUGGACGCUGUUGGCUCCACACCCGCAACCAGUGUAGAUCACAAUCAGCCUACACAUCCAUGCAGACCGACAAAGCUCCACACAGCCAGCAAAGGUAAAACCAACCGCGCCAAGUUAGGCAAUGGUUAAGAUGUAAACCAAAAAUAUGUAUUUUCAAGCAACCAGUAAGGGAGAUACUAAAUUAUAAAAUACGUUCUUUACUAUUAGACAUUAAUUUGUUAUAAAUGGUGAAAGAAGAAUGAUACAACUGUUUUACAUUAAAGUUGCUUUUAUCUAAGAGAUAAUAGUAAAGCAUUUCAAACUAGGCAAUUUCCAUGUUACUUUUGACAAAUCUUAAUGUUAACUUUUUAUGAAUAAAUGUCUACCCAAUUUUUACACAAAAAAGAACAGACAACAUACAUACACACAUAAACAAGACAGUACACUACAACAGUAAAAGGAUACCACUACUUCUGUCAAUUUAUGAUAUAAGAAGACAUAUAAGGGCGAAAAAACACAUAAAAAAAACAUGUUAUAAAGGAGACAAGAUCAGUGAGAGUCUGUUGCAAGACCCUUUUUACAAAGUAAAAUGGAGCCUUGAACAAAGUGGAAAACAAAAAGCAAACUAUAAGUACUGAAGGUGAAAAAAGGGAGAAAAAAGAUGAACAGAAAAAGUUAUAUUAAAUAAUUAUAUCUUUUACAAGUAAUAACCAGACUCACUCACUCACUGAAAUUAUAUUUUUGUUUACAAAUGGUUUAUUUCAAAAUUAUUGGUUUGACUUAUAAAUGUUAUAACGACCAUUGCACUGCUGUCCUAAAAUGUUUGAUAAAUAAGCAUUUAACAUUUUGUUAAGUUUUGUACGUGUACGUGUUCGUAUAGGAUUUCAUACUUCAUUUCAGUAAGCGCAAGUUAAUUAAUUUUCAACAAAAUGUAAUUACAUGAUGUUGUUUAAAUAAUAUAUCAUGUUCGAUCCGUGGCAAAACCUAAACGUAUGGUGAUUCUGUAACGGAUAAUUCCAAAGGAAGUAACGUCAAUGUUUUCAAAUCAUCCCGCGUAAUUUAUGAAUAUUCAAUGACGCUGGUUUGACUGAGUAGACGCACACAUAUUAGUACUGAAUUUAUAUGUGAAUGCUGUUUCCCUAUGUAACGUAAUACUUACAGUUGUCGUUCUGUUUUCUACACUAUUGUUUAGCGACUUGAUUGCGUUUUUGUCAAUAGCACCGGCAGUUUGAAAGUUAGUUAAGUCAUUCUGUAUCAUCGUCGAAGUCAUUCGACCAGUAUAUUUUGGCUUUUUAUCUGUUGUCUUCGCUUCGAUAAAAUCUUUGUCUGACAUUUUUAACAGACACAGAUUUUUAUUUUAAUGAAACUCGAACUGUUUACGAAUCAAUUUCUGUUCCAUAUGUCUUUUACGUACGUGUUUGUUUGUUUAUGCCGUAGAUCUGAAGUGUUACAUUUUGUAUAAACUUUUUGUAUCUAAGACAUAUAUUAAAACAUUUUGUUGAAGUAAAUUAUUCUAAAAUC